AUGAUUUGCACUAAAAUGAGAGCAUUAAGAAGACUCUUCGCAACAGUUGAUUUUGGCUCUCGUGAAGUCCCUAAAGAAGAAAAGCAAAAACUAGUCAAUGAAGUCUUUACCAGAGUUGCUGAAAAGUAUGACAUAAUGAACGACGCCAUGAGUUUGGGGAUUCACCGACUUUGGAAGGACCAGUUUAUCAGCGACAUGGGAAAUUUCCACACAAAUUCCAAUCUUUCAUUUCUUGAUGUCGCCGGUGGGACAGGAGACAUUGGCUUUAGGAUUGUGGAGAAGCUAAAGCAAGAUAUCCCUAGUUUUUACAGUGGAAAUCAAACAUGGGAUCUUACCAUUUCAGACAUCAACGCAGAAAUGCUAGAAGUUGGAAAACAAAGAGCCUCUGCAUUGGGAUAUAAUAUUAACUGGGUACAAGCUAAUGCUGAAGAGCUCCCAUUUGAAGACAACAAAUUUGAUUUUUAUACAAUUGCAUUUGGGAUCAGAAAUGUCACUGAUAGACUAAAAGCACUAAAAGAAGCCAAAAGAGUGCUGAAACUUGGAGGCAGGUUUAUGUGUCUGGAAUUUUCAAAAAUUAAUUACCCUGUAUUAGACCAGGUUUAUUCGCUUUACUCACAAAAUGUUAUACCUGCCAUGGGGAAAAUUAUUGCAAAUGAUAGAGACUCUUAUCAGUAUUUGGUUGACAGCAUUGAGAAGUUCCCGAGCCAAGAAGAGUUUGCGGCAUUGAUGAAUAAUGCUGGGUUUGAAUAUAUCACACAUAGAGAUCUCACGUUUGGAGUUGUUGCCAUUCAUUCUGGAAUUAAACUUUAA